AUGGAUUAGGAUUAGAAUCUAUUAACUUUAGUUGUUUAAAUAAUUUAUACAAAUAAUGAGAGACAUUUAAAUUGUGCAUUUUUAGAUCUAGACAAAAGAAUGAUUGAAGUGUGUGAAUUUCAAGAUAAUGAACAUUUUAGUGUGUUUGAAUGUCUAGUUCUUUAAGUUAAUCCAAGUAAUGAUUAAUUUAAUACUUUCAGAUGGAUAGGAUGCUAAAUUAACAGUAUUGAUUUAAAUGCCUGAAUUGGAGAGUGAGAAUAGAAAAGUGCGGGAUAUUUUAGAAUAGUGUGAAUUUGAAGUAAUUGAAAAAAGCAAAAAAGAUUUUUCAGAAAUUUAACUUUCUAAUUUAAAUAAAGUAUUGAGAAGCAAUUUUAAUACUUAUAGAAUAGAAGAAUAGAUAUGCACUCAAUGUAUAUAAUGUUUAUUAGAACAUACACGUUUAUAUAAAGAUGACACAAAUUGUUAAAAAUUUAAUAUUGGAUUAUUUAACUUAAAUAAAUUUAUGAGAUUAGAUUUAGCAGCCAUUAAUGCUUUGAUGAUAUUUCCUAAAUAAGGUAUUAAAUAAUUUGAUAGUGGAAAUAAUGCUAGUACUUUAGUUGAUUAUUUGGAUAGAUGUAUUACUUAAAUGGGUAAAAGAUGUUUAAGAAGAUGGAUUAAAAUGCCAUUAUAAUCAAUAUAAGAAAUCAAUUAAAGAUUGAAUAUAGUUGAAUAUUUAUAUUAGAAUUCUUCUUUCAGAGCAUUUUUAAAUGAAGAUUUCUUAAAAAGAAUACCUGAUUUAGAUAAAUUAUAUGCAAAAUUCUAUAAGGUGGCUAGUGAUAAAAGAAAUAAUGCUAAUCUUAGUGAUUGUGUUAAAGUUUAUUAAUUAAUCUAAAAAAUUAAAGAUAUAAUUAAAAGAGUUAAUUAAGAAUUAUAUUAAAGUUAAAAUUCUAUUCUUUAAGAGAUAUUUUUAAAACCUUUUGAAGAAAACUUAAGUGAUUUUGAAAGAUUAGAAGAAAUGAUUGAAAAAUCUAUUGAUUUAAGUAAAGCUUAUACUGGUGAAUUUAUUGUAAAUCCUAGAUUUUCUGAAAAAUUAAUGUAACUUAGUAAGAAUAUUACAUAAUGUAUGAAUGAUAUUGAAAAUGUGAGAUUAGAAACUGAAACUGAAUUAGGAAUUACUGUUACUUUAAUUGAGUCUGGAACAUAUACUUAUAUCUUUGAAGCUAAAAAAUAAAGUGCUGAUGAAGCCUUUAGAAAAAACCCUAAAAAAUAUAAGACUAUUUCUGUUAAAAAUAGAGCUUUAACUUUUACAGUUGAGAAACUACAAUCAACAGUUGCUGAUUAUGUUCAUUAUAGAGAUCUAUAUUAAGAAGUUUAAUAAGAAAAAGUUUAAGAAAUAUUGAAAAUUGUUUGUUCUUAUUAUCCUGUAAUGGAAUAAGCAUCAAGACUUAUAUCAGAAAUAGAUGUCUUAUCUUCAUUUGCAUCAGUAGCUAGAAAUGCACCAAGAGCAUUUGUUAGACCUAUAUUUACUGAAAAAAAAGAAAUUUUAUUGAAAGAAUCAAGACAUCCUUUAUUAGAAGCAAUAGAUUCAACCUGUAUUGUUAAUGAUCUUGAAAUGGAUAGAAAAUCAUCAAGAUUACAUAUAAUUACAGGACCAAAUAUGGGUGGAAAAUCUACUUAUAUUAGAUAAAUAGCAAUUUGUGUAUUGUUAGCACAUAUUGGUUGCUUUGUACCUUGUACUACUGCAGUUGUACCUAUUAUAGAUGCUAUAAUAACAAGAGUAGGAGCAAGUGAUGUAUAAACAAAAGGUAUUAGUACUUUUAUGAGUGAAAUGCUUGAGGCAAGUUGUAUGUUGAAAACAGCUAAACCUGAUUCCUUAAUAAUAAUUGAUGAAUUAGGAAGAGGUACAUCUACAUCUGAAGGAUUUGGUAUUGCUUGGGCUAUAGCUGAACAUAUAGCCAAAUAAAUAUAAUCCUAUUGUUUAUUUGCAACUCAUUUUCAUGAAAUGACUCUUAUGGAACAUGAAAUUCCAGGAGUGAAAAAUUAUUAUGUAAGUUGUGUUACAGAAGAUGAUAAAAUUACUAUGCAAUAUAAAGUUAGAUAUGGAGCUGUUGAUAGGAGUUAUGGAUUACUUGUUGCUGAAAUGUUAAAGUUUCCAAAAGAGGUUAUUGAUGAUGCAAAAUAAAAGGCACUUGAAUUAGAAACAUUUGAACAUAAUCUAGAAUCAAACUUUAUUGAUGAAGAGGUACCUAUAUUUAAUACUAUUGAUGAUGAACUUUAAUAUAAAGUUAGAAAUAGCACACUUUAAGCAAAAGAGAGAGUUAUUAAAGAGGCUGAAAAGUGGAAAAAUGAUUUAAAUAAUGAAAAGAAUCCAUAAAAAAGAAAAGAAAUAAUAGAAAAAAGGAAAUAAAUUAUACUAAAAUUAUUAAAAUGA